AUUCUUAAUCUCCAAUUUAAUAUCAAGUGAAGCGUUAACUCUCUAGAACUUCAUGUUCCGUUUGGAGUCGUUGAAAAUCAAAAGAAAAUACAUCACCACAAGAAACGGCACAGGUAGCUUAAUGGGUCAAGGACUUUUAAGAUCUCUACAAAGUCCUAUUUACGUUCACGUAAAUUAAACAAGGAAAUGCAAGUUUUAUAAGCGAAAACGAAUUUCAAAGAAAUCACUGCACCACAGUCACCACAGUCACAGUCAAAGAAGCAAAAGCCAACACAUUGCCUUCGCGGUGCGCACUAUAGUAACGCAUAAGCUUAAAAAAACGGGUACUACCCAGUGAAGUAUUUUGACAACGGGAUCAUCAUUUAUAUUUGCGUCGAAAAAUUUCCAAGAUGGCUACAGUUAACGUUAACCGUAGUGUGACGGAUAUUUUCUAUCGGUAUAAAAUGCCGCGUCUUCAAGCAAAGGUAGAAGGAAAAGGCAAUGGCAUCAAGACCGUUUUGGUUAAUAUGGCUGAAGUCGCACGCGCCAUAGGACGACCGGCCACCUAUCCUACAAAGUACUUUGGCUGUGAGCUGGGCGCCCAAACACUCUUCGAUCAUAAGAAUGAACGGUUUAUUGUGAAUGGAUCGCAUGACGUGAACAAGCUUCAGGAUCUGUUGGAUGGCUUCAUUCGAAAGUUUGUUUUGUGCCCCGAAUGCGAUAACCCUGAGACUAAUCUGACUGUAUCAGCUAAGAAUCAGACAAUAUCGCAGUCAUGCAAGGCGUGCGGCUUCCAUGGUUUGCUUAAGGUGAACCACAAAGUGAACACAUUUAUUGUGAAAAAUCCACCAUCACUUAAUCCAGCCGCUCAGGGUUCCUCGCUUACUGAGGGAAAACGCUCAAAGAAACAGAAACAGAAGAAUGAAAACUCCGACGGCUCAAUGUGCAACAACUCAAUGGCCAAUAACUCUGGCGGAGAGUCGGACGGCGGCAAUGGUCCCAACCAGGCCAGCCAAACAGAGGCUGAAAUAAGCGCUGCCAUUCCGGAAAAAAAUAUAGCUGAGGACGAUGAUGAUGGCUGGAGCGUCGACGUGUCUAAGGAGGCCAUUCGGGCGCGCUUACAAGAUCUAACCGAUGGUGCUAAGGGCAUGACAAUUUCGGAGGAUUACGACAAGACCGAAAAGGAACGCAUUGACAUCUUCUAUGAGUUGGUGAAAAACAAGCGUGACAAAAGACAGCUGGAGGAUGUUGCUGUACACAAAGAGCUGCUGAUCGAAGCCGAACGAUUGGACAUAGUUAACAAAUCCCCGUUGGUUCUCGCUGAGCUCUUGUUUACUGAGAACAUUAUUAAUGACGUUCGCAAAAACCGCAUCUUGUUACUUCGCUUUACUCAUAAUAAUCCUAAAGCACAGCGCUAUUUGAUUGGCGGCAUCGAGCAGACUGUGGAGCUACAUUCGAACACGCUUAUGACUAAGGUAGCUGGGAUCUUCAAAAUCUUUUACGACUUGGAUAUUCUCGAUGAAAAAGUCAUUCUGGACUGGGCACAGAAAGUGAGCAAACGACAUGUUUCCAAAAAAAUUGCCACCGAGAUACAUGAGAAGGUAAAGCCGUUUGUGCAGUGGCUCAAAGAUGCCGAGGAAGAAGAUUCCUCCUCUGGGGACGAUGACGAUGCAGCUGGGGACUCUGAUGUAGAGAUUGAGUACGAUGAUCGGGCCCGCAUUGAACCAUUGAAGGUUGCCGUAGCCUUGGAACGUGGUGUUGCCGUUAGUAAGAAAGUCCAAGACGAUGAGGAGGGGGAUGAAAUCGAUAUAGAUGACAUUUAGUCAACCAAAAACUAUCAACAAUCAAUUUUUUUGAAAAUGGAAUCGAAAUUCUUCUGUCCUUUCGAGUGGGUCGCCGUAAAAACUUUCUAGAACUACGAUGUUGCUUUCCUUUGAUUUACAGCGUUGCUAUAUACCGAUUGUAAGAAUUGCAUUAAUUAUCUAGCUAAAAAAAAAGUUUAUUGGGCUU